AGCGGGACCAGAGGGGGCUCCGCGGGCAGCGUGGUGCCCUCGGUUCCCCAGCAUGGUCCCCUCGGCCUGGGCCAUCUGCUGCCUCCUGGGGGGCCUCCUUCUCCGUGCAGGCAGCCCCAGCCCCGGCCCCAGCGUGCCCCGCCUGCGGCUCUCCUACCAAGACCUCCUGUCUGCCAACCGCUCUGCCAUCUUUCUGGGUCCCCGGGGCUCCCUGGACCUUCGGGCCAUGUACCUGGAUGAGUACCGGGACUGCCUCUUUCUGGGGGGCCGUGACGCUCUCUACUCUCUGCAGCUGGACCAGGCAUGGCUGGAUCCCCGGGAGGUCCUGUGGCCUCCGCAGCCAGGACAGAGGGAAGAGUGUGUUCGCAAGGGAAGAGAUCCUUUGAUGGAGUGUGCCAACUUUGUGCGGGUGCUGCAGCCCCACAAUCGGACCCACCUGCUGGUGUGUGGCACUGGGGCCUUCCAGCCCACCUGUGCCCUCAUCACUGUUGGGCACCGUGGAGAGCAUGUGCUCCACCUGGAGCCCGGCAGUGUAGAAAGUGGGCGGGGGCGAUGCCCACAUGAGCCCAGCCGUCCCUUUGCCAGCACUUUUGUAGGUGGGGAUCUGUACACAGGCCUCACUGCCGACUUCCUUGGGCGUGAGGCCAUGAUCUUCCGGAGUGGGGGUCCCCGGCCAGCCUUGCGUUCUGACUCUGACCAGAAUCUCCUGCAUGAUCCCCGGUUUGUUAUGGCGGCCCGGAUCCCUGACAACUCAGACCGGGACGAUGACAAGGUGUACUUCUUCUUCUCGGAGACUGUCCCCUCGCCAGAUGGUGGCCCAGGCCGUGUCACCGUCAGCCGUGUGGGCCGUGUUUGUGUGAAUGACGCUGGUGGCCAGCGGGUGCUGGUGAACAAAUGGAGCACCUUCCUCAAGGCCAGGCUGGUCUGCUCGGUGCCUGGCCUCAGUGGUGCUGAGACCCACUUUGAUCAGCUGGAGGAUGUGUUUCUGCUGUGGCCCAAGGCAGGGAAGAGCCUCGAGGUGUAUGCACUGUUCAGCACGGUCAGUGCUGUGUUCCAGGGCUUCGCUGUCUGCGUGUAUCACAUGGUGGACAUCUGGGAGGUCUUCAAGGGGCCCUUUGCCCACCAAGAUGGUCCCCAGCACCAGUGGGGGCCCUAUGGGGGCAAGGUGCCCUUCCCUCGCCCUGGCAUGUGCCCUAGCAAGAUGACUGCGCAGCCAGGACGACCCUUUGGCAGCACCAAGGACUACCCGGACGAGGUGCUACAUUUUGCCCGAGCCCACCCACUCAUGUUCCAGCCUGUGCGGCCUCGGCAGGGCCGCCCUGUCCUUGUCAAAACCCACCUAGCCCAGCAGCUGCGCCAGAUCGUGGUGGACCGAGUGGAGGCAGAGGAUGGGACCUACGAUGUCAUGUUCCUGGGGACUGACUCAGGUUCCGUGCUCAAGGUCAUUGCUCUCCAGGCUGGGGGUUCUGCGGAACCUGAGGAGGUAGUUCUGGAGGAGCUUCAGGUGUUUAAGGUGCCCACACCCAUUACUGAAAUGGAGAUCUCUGUCAAAAGGCAAAUGCUGUACGUGGGCUCGAGGCUGGGCGUGGCCCGGCUGCAGCUGCACCAGUGUGAGACUUAUGGCAGUGCCUGUGCAGAGUGCUGCCUGGCCCGGGACCCAUACUGCGCCUGGGAUGGUGCCUCCUGCACCCACUACCGGCCGGGCACCAGCAAGCGCCGGUUCCGCAGGCAGGACAUCCGGCACGGCAACCCUGCCCUGCAGUGCCUGGGCCAGAGCCGGGAAGCGGAGGCUGCAGGACUCGUGGUGACCACCACAGUCUACGGCACGGAGCACAACAGCACCUUCCUGGAAUGCCUGCCCAAGUCUCCCCAGGCUGCUGUGCGCUGGUUCUUGCAGAGGCCAGGGGACGAAGGGUCCGACCAGGUGAAGACAGAUGAGCGAGUCCUACAGACAGAGCAGGGGCUGCUGUUCCGCAGGCUCAGCCGCUUGGAUGCAGGCACCUACACCUGCACGACACUGGAGCACGGCUUCUCCCAGAUGGUGGUCCGCCUGGCUCUGGAGGUGAUCAUAGCCACACAGCUCGACAGCCUGUUCCCUAGGGUGCCGCGGCCAGAGGAUCCCCCAGCCCGAGGAGGCCUGGCCUCCACCCCAACCAAGGCUUGGUACAAGGACAUCCUGCAGCUCAUCGGCUUUGCCAACCUGCCCCGGGUGGAUGAGUACUGUGAGCGUGUGUGGUGCUCCUCCCGGAGCCGGGGCAAACAAGCCAAGGGCAAGAGCUGGGCAGGGCUGGAGCUGGGCAAGAAGGUGAAGAGCCGGGUGCAGGCAGAGCGUAAUCGGACGCCCCGGGAGGUGGAGGCCACAUAGAAGAGGGCAGAGAAGGGGGCAGUCAGGAUGGGCUGGAUGGCCCCGCAGCAGCCCCCAGCGUCUCCCACUCACCCAGCUAGGGCAGAAGGGGCCGGUGGGCCUGAUUGCCUCUUAGAGAUGGGAGUCUCUACCCCCGAUACCCCUACCAGGCUGUCACAGGAAAGGCUGGGGCCUGAUGGAGGGGCCCUGUGCCAGAGGCCUGUUCCCUGCCCCUCUCUGUGCUUUCAGUUCCAGUCUGGAGCCAGCACCCUCUGGUCGCUGGCAACCCCAGUGGGCCUGUUAUUUGUUCUCAGAGAUGGCCCCCAGAGCACAUUUCCGGUUGUGCCCAGAGGCGAGAGGGCUGGGUGGGUCUUUCCCAGCCUGCAGAACAAUGGCCAUUCUGAGUGACCCUUAGAGAGGGUGUGUGGGUGUGACUGAGGAGGUGUCUGGGCAGGGGACCUCAGGCAGCCAGAGGAGGGUGGAAGUGGCCUCUAAGCUAGCACCUGUUAAGGAGACCUACCCUGACUGAGUUGGGGAGGGAAAGUGGAGGUGCUGAGAAGGUGGAACAGCAAGACCCCUGCCCUACUUUGUGCCUGGAUAUCUUGGUGGCUCCCCGCCACUGUCUACCACCUCUUCUCCAUCUCAGAAUCACAGAAGCACAGACUGCUAGAGCUCCCUGGGACCUGGGGUGGUCUGGGCCUCAGGCCUCACUUCAUAAACCAAGGGUGGGGGGUGGUCUCACAGCCUGUCUUCCCUUCCCCAGGUCCCUGAGCUGCCAGGCCAGCUUUCCUGGGAUGCCCACACUUCCUGAUGGGAUUUUUCUUCCCCACCCUCCAAGUCUCCAUGCUGAUGAGCAGGAAGAGGGGAGGGAUCUAGGAGAACGUCAUCUCCCAUCUCUGAAGACUAGAGAACGGGAAGAGGGGAGUGGAGGAAGUGUGUGGUGGGAGGAGUGGGCUGUCUGUCCCAGGGCAAUGCAAGCACACCCAAAGCCUGGGAGGGUGGGAAUGUGGUGGCUCUGUGAGCAGGCUGCAGCCGGUGGACAGGAUGAGGGGCAGGGCUUUGGUGGGGGCCACAGAGGACUGAGAGGUUUUUGAGAUGGAGAGUGAGUGGGAAACCCUAGGAUGGACUAUGAAAUUCAUAAGCAGGCAUUCUCAAGGACUCAAGAUGGCAACCGUUAGCUCAGGAGCCACUGGGAAGGCCAGAUGUUUCUCACCCUGGAAUCUGGUUUUUGCUAAAUAAGAGUUGGUCGUGGAUGAUUCACUUAUGAAAGCUUUUUUCUUUUAAGGGAAAGAAUGCAGGGAAAAAAGCUGCUAAGUCCUGCUGGUUCUUGGGGCUGAGGCUCAGGUGGCCAGGAUACAUUCUGUCUGGGCGUGUAGGGAGGUGUUUUUGCCAUCAGCAGUAAUGUGUUUCUUGGGCUGGGGAGCACAGAGGGGAGGAGGAGGAGGACUAAAUGAAAAGUUGUUCCCAGCCUGCAUAUGAACAAGUUAAUGACGCACAAAACCAACAGGAGGGAGACAAGAGCAUCGGGUUCAAGAUUCCCUCCAUUAAAAAAACCAAGAUGAAGAAAGGAGGAAAAAAAAGAUAAAAAGCAAGACAAGGCUUCCUGUCCCAUUGAACUCAAACCCAGGCUGCAUCUGCCUUGGACUUCAUCCGAGCCCCCCAUCUCCAGAGAACUGGCUUCUGAAAUAAGUUGCCCUUCCCCGCUUUGACUGCACAGUAAGCGAACCAGAAGCACUGAGGUUCACCUGACAACACUUUGGGAAGCCCCUGGCCUAGGGCUGCAGUGGCUGAGAUGUCAACAGCUAAAAGCAGAGGAGAGAAGGAGUAUGGGAUGGGGGCUGGAGAACAGAGGGGAAGUAGAGAGAGAGGUGAUGGAAGAGGGGGGAGAGAGAGUGCAGAGCCCCAGGAAAGGGUGUCAGAGCUGCAGCUUGCUCUGCUUCUCUGUCCCUGGGAAGCCAGAAAGAGACGACGAGGCACUCAGUGGCCUUUACACUGGGCCCAGGUGUGACUGGCUCCAGGCAGAGUCCUUUGGGGAAGUUACUCUGAAAAAUGGAGGGAGAAGGAACUCAAAAUCCUGAACAAUGAAAACCUGCACUUGGAAAAUUAUGGAUGCUUCUCCCAGCUACCCACACCCCUACCCCUAUCGGACUGUGUGUUAUUAAGUCCUGGAAAUGCUUCUAUGUGUGAAUUCUAUUUUUGUAUUCAUAUGUUGAGAUGGGCCUUGUGGUUUCUCUGUCUUCAGAGCACACUUCUCAUAGUUACUAUUGUUAUUUUUAUUGUCAUGACUGCCCAGAGUCUGGUGAGGAUAGUGCAGUGAUCUACCACACAGAAUCUACAAGGAAAGGGAUGAAGUUAAUAUUUACAUCACAUAAUUAUAUUGUUAUUGUAUCUGUGUAUUUCUGUACUAAAUUGACUGAUGCCAUCUGCAUGAACUGAAAAUGAAGAGCCUUCCCCCUCCAUUCCAGGAGGGAGAAGGCCACGCUAGCUGGUAUAUUCUAGGAGGGAGGGAAAUGGGCAGCAGGGGAAGGAAGGAGUCAGAAGGCUUUGUCUAUGAAGCUGAAAUUGCUUAUUAAAUUAGGAAAGUCCUGCCCUGCA